GAAACAAUUCAAGUCUGUCCACGACCAAAUGUUACGAGUAAAAGAAUCGCUACUUAUUCUAAUCGCCACGUUGUUAUCAUCCGGCCACGUUUUAUGUCAGAAAGCUGAGUAUUGUUACGCUUACAAUGAGAAUCCAUAUUUAGGAAUGGGCACGAAAACUGCCUACAAAUUUAUUCAUGGCGGUGAAACACCGUACGAAACGGUACCAAACUGCAAGCCGAUACAGAUAUGGAUGAUGGUAAGACAUGGAACCCGAUAUCCGGGUACAAGAGAAAUCCGCGGAAUGAGAUCCCUUCCAAAGUUACGAAAUCAGAUAAUUUACAAUCACAAAGUACGAGGAUCGGGUCGUUUGUGCCCUGAGGAUCUGGAGAAUCUGAAGCGUUGGCGACUCAGUAAAUCUAUUACAUACGUUAACUCCGACCAACUAAAUAGCCAGGGGAUCGAGGACAUGAAUCAACUCGGCAAACGUAUCAGGACUAAUUUUCCGGAAUUAUUUCCACCUGCGGUAACUGAUGUCAGCGCAAGGAAUUACAAGUUCCGUAUGGCGCGAGGGGGACGAAUGAGUUCGAGCCUGACGGCAUUUAGAGAUGGACUCUUGAACGGAGUCUAUGUUCCAAAAGAUGAACUUCCAGCCAACAGCACAUUGUGGGUGGCAUAUUCGCGUUGUCCAAGGUGGGAAACGGACGUGGCAAACGAUCCAGUGCACCUCAACGAAGCAAUAAAGUUUGUCCAUGGUCCAGAGUACCAGAAUCUGAUAACAAACGUUAGUCAACGACUCGGAUUCCACCACAAUGUUAGUUCAGAUGCGGUUCGACAAAUGUGGGAAAUGUGCAGUUACGACAAGGCGUUGAAGGUGUCAAAGUUGUCGCCAUGGUGCGCGGUCUUCACCGAUGAGGAAAUGAGGGUCUUCGAAUACAAGGACGCCUUGAUUGACUACUAUAAGCGUGGAAACGCUCACGAAUACAACGUCCGGUUGGGCUGCCCGCCUCUGCGAGACAUGGUCGAUAGUUUCCGAAAAAUCGAAGGCGAGGACGGUGGCUACUCGGUGGAGCCGAAAGGCGUUUUCAACGUCGGGAGAUCGAGAAGCUACCAUUUGUUCAUGGCUGCCUUGGGCAUCGUCAACGAUUCCUCGCCCCUGCUAGCGAGCGAUUUCAAACUUAGGAAAAAAUACUUGUGGAAUACGACGGAGAUUGGAUCAUUCGGAGCCAACAUCGCGGCUGUAUUUUACAAAUGCAACGACACGGCCUCGCCUAACAAAGUCAAGUUUUAUCAGACUGAAAAGCCCGUCGACUACCCGGGAUGCGUGGAGGGUUUGUGCGACUGGGAGUACUUGAAGAGUAAAUUUGAAAAAGCGGUAGCGAGAUGUGACGAUGUCGAGUUUUGUGGCCAAAUUGUCGUCGCCGAACCGUUGAUCGAGAUUUUGCCGUCGUCGGAACAGUUCAUGCUCGUACUUUGUGUCCUGAUUCUCCUCGUCCUCAACGGACCGCGUCUGAAACGGAUAUUAAGAAAAAUGCCACCAUGUUGUUAUUACAGAUGCAGAAGUCGUCCAUUUGUGAUAUUAAAUGUAUAAAAUUUGA